UCUGCGUGCGGCAAAAGUAUAAAAUUUUAUAAACGGUCGAAUUGGAAAAGGUGAAUUUUGUUUUUAGCAAUAAAAAUAUAUAGUAAUUUAACCAAAGCGCGUGUAAUGUACAAAAACAAAGACGAAAACGAAAAAUUCAAAUCGCUAAGUAAAUUAAAGAAAAAAAAGACAAAAUUGUGGAAAAUUUGCAAGAAAAUCGAAAGCAAUUAAUAAUAAUUUUCUAAAUGGCAAAGUGAAGAAAGAUAUCCAAAUAUUUUUAAGUAAUUUCAAGAAAAUUUCUAUUUAUAAGAAAAAAAGUGAAAUGUAUUUAAAUGUAAAUCACAACAUGCAAACAAUUAUAAAUAAAAAUAACAAUAAUAACUAGAUUCGGGAGAGUAAAGAAAACAAACUGCACACACAUACAUGUACAUAUGCAUGCCAGGCAAUAUUGAAUGAAUAACAUUUUUAAAAAUAAAACGUGCUAAAAAAGUAGUAUUUUGCAACGUGUUGGCGGUUUGACGAUAAUUUUCGUUAAACUCAAAAAACCUACAUAAACUGCAGUUUCGAAGUACAAACUUGUGUACAUUUACUAAUCCGACCAACAGCAACAAUAAAACUAUAUAGACAGCGCCAGCAGCAGUGGCAGCGUCAAAAAAAUCAAAUUGUCUCUUGAUAUCUAUCUACUUACAUGCAUACACACAUACAUUCAUACAUACACACACAUACAUAUGUAGAUACAACAUACAAACUUGCGACCACAGCUCACUUGCAUAUGUGCACAUUUCGAACGCCGGCGGUGUAAAACGAGAUACGGCAACGUCGUUGACAACAACAGUAACAACAACAAGUCGAGAGCCAGUCAGCUAAUCCCACCGGCUCGUCGGAACGUCCGUCAACCCCUCAGCCAGUCAGCGAGCCAGUCCGUCAGUGCGUCAGUCAGCCAGUCGACCACGCAGUGUGCAUACGCAGCAGGUACCUACGUAUUUUGUCGUAAAUCAGAUUCGUCGAGUCUACCUACUUACCUACCUACUGGCACUAUUGGAGCGCCCAAAAACAACUGAUCGCAAUAAAAGUAAAAAUCAUCAGCAGCUACAACAAUAACAACAAACAAGUGUAAGGAAUAGCAACAAUUUAAGACGCACAGUUCAUCCAAUCUGAGUUGCGAUUCGAUCGGUUGCAAAUGCACACAGCCAUACUUACGUACACAGUUAGUUUGUCACUCAGCGGAGAGCUUGGAGCGUAGCCAGGGGGAAAAAGUUUGAUUUACGAAAAAACGAAGGAACUCUUGGAAUGGUGGGAGUGAAUUAAAAGACGAAUGUGUUGAAAAAAAGCAAAAUACUGUGAAAAUUAAAAACAAAGACAUACUCAAGUUUGGAGGACCAACUAAAUUAUUGUUGGUUUGAACUUAACAGCGAAAAAUAGUGCAAUUUUAAAUCUGAUUUCGAUGUAAUAUUUGAGUUUUUAAGAAAAUUGUAGAUCUCAUUCAAACUAAACAAAAACAAAAAAGCCUUUUUGCUGCACAAUCUACGCUAAUCUGCACUGGCCACCCUAACUCUAAGAUCAUCGCCAAAUUCAACUACAAAAUUGAAAUUGAAAAUAAUAAUAAAAAUCGACACUUGAAAGAGUCAAAUAAGUUUAUUGAAAAAAAAAAAAUUAUAAUAAUUUUUAAUUGAUAACAGUGCUGGCAGAAUCGUGGCGUUUCGUGCAUGACAUCAGUAAAAGAUCGAAUAAAAUUGAUAAAAAAUUUGUUAUAUUCAACUUUAUGAGAACAAUUCUGAAAUAUUGUUUCAAAAUUAGGAAACAAAUAUUUUUCACUUGCAAAAGUGCGCGAAGAAUCGGUAAUUUGGCGCGCUCCUAGAGAGUUCAAAGCAAGAGCCAGCGAAAAAUUAAACAAAUUUCUUAUUGUUCUAAGAAAAUUGUGGAAAUCAGUGUUUUAUUAAUUUGCUAAAGAAUUCAGAAUAGUAAAAAAGAAAAAAGCAAACGCAAGUGUAACAAAGUUGGUGUAAAAUUUUCGCGAUCAAUGUAAGAUCACCGGAAUGUUUACAAAUAAAAAUUAUUUGUGAGUUGCUUCUUUUGGCUAGUAAAUAUUUGAAGUGCAUCUAAAAAAUUAUGCAAUAAUAUUUGAAAUUGUUUAAUAAUAUAAAUUUUUAAUUUUCAUAAUUUUGUAUAUUGCAAAGUUUGAAAGAAAAUUCAAGAGGUCAGUGUGGGUUCCACUGAAAAAAUUGUAUGAAAUUAAUAACUGAGCGAUUAAAAAUUCUGUGUAAUCCAAAAAUAUAAAAGAGGACAUUACACAAAAAACAAAAAAAAAAAAAAAAAAAAAAAAUCAGUGCGCGUUCAUUUAUAAAAACAACGGGAGUUAAUAUUAUAUAGAGGAGUAAAUAAAACAAACAAAUUCUGAAAAGUGUGUUCUUACAAAACACCGUUGUUUAAACACGAUUUCAGGCAGAAAACUAUUUAUCACUCGACAAGGCAGGGACAGGAGCCAUUUCCACGCACCCCGUCUAAAUCGAUAAACAUUCGCUGCAAAUUCAGCAACAUUCGCACUUUUCCAAGGCAGUGAUACGAGCAGCGUCGCUUAUCGUGCAAUUUAGCCAACUAGAUAUGCCUACACAAUAUGGAACUUGCGAUUUGUAAAACAGAGUUGGCAACUACCAGAUUUAUGCUACCAACUGCACCGGCCUCUUUCUACCAGAAGAAUAGCGCUCACUUUAGUGAGAUACUCAACUUCAACACAAAUUAUUUGCUCAAUAAAAAUAAUCCAAUCAACUGUAGUAGUAGUAGUAGUGGUACUCAAAACAACAACAGCAACAGUCAAAAUAAUAGUGUCUGUGUUAGUGCUAGUGCUAGUUCUAGUCAAGUCAAUAAUAAUCAAAAUAUUAGUGUUAACAAUAACAAUAACAAUAACUCAGUUUCAAGCAACAGCGACAGCUGCAACAACAACAGCGUUAGCGGCAGCGGCAGCAUGCGUCUGAAAAAGAAUCGGAGAGUGACUUUCCUAAAAAAUCUAAUUGAGACAAAUAUCCGCAUAAAAGAAGAGCCUGAUGAUGGCAGCAAAGACAUACCACCGCCAAUGUGCAGCCUAUCGGAUAUGUCCGAUCACGAGGCGUCAAUCGGUGAGUACAACAAUGAAUGGCGUAUUUUGGACUUUUAAGACCAUCAAUAUUAUUUACUAUUAAAUGUAAUGGGGUAAGUGGUAAACAAAAUUCACAAUUUUGGAUAAAUAAAAAAAUACAAAUUAUCCCAGUGAAAUCGAUAUAUAACAAUGAGCAAGAAGAAUUCUGCUGUCGUGGAUCCCCGAUGACGUGAUGUGCCGAAGUUACUCUCACAAUUUUUCUGCGGAUGGCUAAACUUUAUAAUUUCCCAUGCUUGGUUUGCAUCAGAUUGGAAGUUGACAAAAAUUUUUGUUUUCUUAUAAACGGUUGCGUGUGCGUGACGAAGUUAACGAUUUUUCCAAUUUCCUGUAAGAAAUCGAAGCAUUCACAGUAUACAGUGAACAGAAAAAUGGCAAUAUUCACAAUAAACACUAAGCAUGAAAAUUCUUUUAUUUGCGCAAUCCAUGUCGCAUUUCCAUCGAUUGUUUUAAUUAGUUGGAUGUUUGUGGCACACUUUAGUUGAAACUGUUGCUUCAAAUGACGCAGUCUGUAACUGAAAAUGAUGGCAGCAGGCAAUGAGAAAUAAAGGCUUCUAAACUCCGUCUCCAUAGUCGUAUGACAUUAAGUUCAAAAUCUAGAGUGAAAGUUUCAAACCGCUUAAAAAAUUCCAAUUCGUCCUCGAACACGAAUAAAGGCAACUCGCUUUGCGUCUUGUCGAAAGUGGGUUUAAAGUCGAAACAUAUGAAGACCACAAAGGCAAAGAUUGACAAAGAUCAUAUCGACAAGGGCUAUCAAUUCCAUUAUACCUAUUUGCUAUUCGCUCGAUUUUUAUGUCUUGUUGACACUAAGGGAUGUUGAUCAGAAAGUUAACCUAGCAUAACUUUAGAUAAUCGUUUGUCAUUUUUGAAUCAGAGAUCCAUGAAUGUAGAUUUUCUGGCAUUUCUGGUACCCCAUUAAUGCGUUCUGCAGAUACUUAAAAUUGCAUUUUAUUUCAUAAAGGUGAGUUAAAAAACCAUUUUGAAUUCCUUGGGUAACAUAAUAAGGCCUCAUGCGUUUAAUGUAAAGAUAGUAAAAGAGAGAUGUCAUUGGAGUAGGCUGUGAGCAAUAAUAAUAACAGACACGUAUCGAAUUAAGAGACGCUCCAAAAUAAUAAGAUGGUUUGGUAUUUUCUUUUUGCCAGAUUUGUCAUGCUCGCCUAUUAUUAUUAUUUCCUAUGGUUCCAGUGAGGAAUAAAGGGCCACGACGAAUUCCUUCCAUUCAAAUUUGCUCUGCGCCAGUCUCUUAGCUUCAUUCCAGGUUAAAUUCACGGCGCGCGUUUUCAAAUCCAACAAUCGUCUCCAAGUGUUCAAUGGCCUUCCUCGUCUACGGCUGUCUUGCGGAUUCCACUCAAUAGCGGUUCUUGUCAAGUCAUCAUGUUUUCUACGAAGCGCGAGUUUGUUUUGGUUUCUGUAAUCAGGUUGUUUUAAGAUUGGUAAGAUAUUGGGCUACCGCAUUCGAUUAUGGCACCGCGGUUGCCAGCUGAUCCUCCAAACUGAAGUGCAAUUGCUUAGGUGGCUACAGCAUUUCCUCUGCGCAAGGUUUUACGGUUAUACCGCCGUUGAUUGGACGCCGAGCCUCGUUCGUUUUAAACAGGAGGUACCACAUGAAGGUGAAGUUGACAUUUCGGAGAGAUGUGCUAUGUAUUCGCGUCACCAACCGCAUUUGCUCACAUUAGUUGGUAGUUAAUGCGCCCCCGCGCUCUCCCAUGAAUGGAUUCUUUUAACCACUUUUUGUU